AUGAUUUUCAUUGAUGCACAUAACUACUCUACAAUCAACGUUUCUCAUUUGAUAAUAAUAAUUAUUGUUGUACACGAGUAUUUCGUUCCGCCGACCAAUUGUUGGGUGCCGAGGGCCAUUGAUGUUUACCACAGCGAAGAAGAUACAAAUACGUUUAAUUGGACGGACGAUGAAGACGAUGAAGACGAUGAAACAGACGAUCUACCACCUGUGCAAGUCGAUGACAUUGUUUCAGCUGGAAAAAUGGCAGCAUUUUUUGAAAAGUUGAAUUCGUUGCGUCAACGACACCGCGAAGACCGUUCGAAAUUGGCAGAUUAUUCACUACAGCGGCCGUUUGGGCUUAAUCCUGUUGGAAUGGAAUCAUUAAACGAGGCUGUGGCGGCGAUGGACUAUACAGGAAUAGAAGUCGGGAAUCGUGGUGUUUUUGAAACACUGGAUAGAUCGGCAACAUCAAUUGCAACAAGUGGCAAAGAGGCGGUAACAGUGGUGGCGAAUAAAGAGUACUAUUAUGAGGCGCAGACGACAAAAACGAUCGUGAACGGUUACUUGCUGGAUGCAAACAGAUCUCGAAUCUUGCAAAUGGAUGCAGUCGUCGGAUAUUUGCAUAUGGGUUUGCGAAGCGCGAAAUGCUUGUGGCACCAAUAUCGAGAAGCGGUUACCGAACAAGAAUCUUUAGCAGCCCGACAGCAAUUCAAUAGUUUUGUCCGAUUCUGGACGUUAACGGUCGCCGUUUCGGUGAUCGUCUUGUGGUCCGCGUUUGGAUACUUUCACGAGCUGUUUUGUUUUUGCGUCAUCGCGCCACCAGUUGAAUACGCAAAAGACGUUAACAGGUAUCUGAUGAUGGUACCGCCACACGUAGUAGUGACGAACAAGGGUAAAAUGUUCAGGUACCAACCGACGGCUGAAGAACGUUUUCUAUGGGAAAGCGCGAAAAGAAUUGCAAAUUUCAAAAUAUAA